CCAAGUCACAGCAUUUUUUUGUGCGUGCAUGUGAAGUGUUCUUUGCUCUUUCCUGUCUGAGGCAAUUGGUUGUUUCUAAAGUGAUGUGUGUGAAGAGGAAGCAAUGACGUUAAAUAGCACCACUACUUAAAAGAUGUUAAUGAUAAGGACACUUCUGAGACAUUGGGACAAAACUGAUUCUACGCUAAUGUGCUCGCCUGCGGAAAAGUUUACAAGGAAUUGAGCAAAUACAAGAAACAACACCAUUAACUUUGAACCAAAUGGCCACUCUUGUCCCUACAAAUCCCUCAGCCCUAUCCGGACCAGCUCAGACCUCCAUCGCGCCCGCCUCCCUGUCCUCAGCAUCCCUGCCCCUGUCCCAUCAGAUCGGGAUUGCUAUCUUGGUCAUUGCCUUCGUGUUUGGUUUCCCCGGGAACCUGUUCGUGGUUUGGUCGGUUCUGUGUCGAGUGCGUCGCCGCUCCGUCACGUGUCUGCUGAUCCUGAAUCUGGCCGUGGCGGAUGCACUGGUUCUCCUGAGCGCUCCGCUGUUCCUCCGCUUCCUGGUGAAAGGGCUACACUGGGAGCUUGGGUCCGCCCUGUGUAAGACGGUCCAUUACCUGUGCUGCGUCAACAUGUAUGCAUCCAUCUACCUGAUAUGCUUGAUGAGCAUGGACCGCUGGCUGGCCGUCACAAAGCCGUUUCUGUCUCAGAGGUUGAGGACCAAGAAAAGGCUCCUGUCCAUCAUGUUGGGCAUCUGGGUGAUAGCUUUUCUGAUGGCUUUGCCCAUGCCAUUCUAUCGUACCGUGAGGCCAUUCCGUCCAGGUAUGCAUGUGUGUAUGCCGUACCACUGGGAGAGCGACGGUCAUGAAGUCUUUCAGUACCUGUCUGAGACUAUCCUGGGUUUCCUGCUGCCCUUCACCUUCAUCCUGUUCUGCUACAUCUCAGUGAUCUGUCGGCUGCGGAGCACAAUGUUCCACCGCAAAGGAAGAGGAAACGCCCUCAUCCUCCUCAUCAUCGUUGCGUUCACCGCCUUCUGGCUGCCGUAUCACCUCAUCAACAUCCUACAGGUGAUUGGUGUGAUGCAGGGCUCCUCCUCUUCUAUUUUAAAAGCGGCAAAAGUGGCACGUCCCAAUGUGACGGCAUUCGCCUUCAUGAGCAGCAGCGUGAACCCCGUCCUGUACGUGUUUGCCGGCAGCUCUCACAUCCGUCAGGCUGGUCUAGGCUUCAUGGCCAAACUCUUCGAAGGAACCAAUUCAGAGUCUGCCUCCACCCGCAGCAGUCGCGGCUCUAAUGCAGAGAGCUCUGUUUUCACCAAGCUGUCCUUCAAGCUCAGUCGUAAAGGGGACGGGGCGAGAGCCGAGACCCCUGGUGGUGAAGACGAGACCAUGGCAGAUGUACAAAACAGAGAUGAGAUGAAGACUCUGACCACCCUGCAUUAAAGUGCUCAUAUCUAUUCUCCUGAGGUCCAUUUAUAAUGUUAGACAAUGUUGUUGGACUCUCAGUAUCCCAACUGAAAUAUCAUCUUCUGUUGCUGCUGUUUCAGAAUAAAAGUGUUAUUUUCUCUGUCUAAAAACGUAAUUGUGAUUGGCUGGAAUGUGAGCGUUAAAACAUUAUCACAUUUUUUUAGAAGAUUUUCUUUGUGAAAAAUUCUCAUUUUGUUUUUUUUUCAUACUCCUGCUGUUUACUGUAUGUUUUUGUUUGUUUGUUUAUUAAACAUGAAUAUGAAUUUGCAUGUAUACACAUCCUCGUUCGUUUGCUUAUGUCCACGCGACAUUUAGCCGUUCAGGCUGGACUAUAUUUACAUCUCUGACGUGAAAUAAAAGUACAGUGAGUGUCAUUGAUCAAGUCAUAUUCCAUUACAUACAAGUCUUGUUUGUUAGUCUUAUUAGUUUGACUCCUAAAAACAAAAAAUAUC